AUGUGCCGCCUACCCGCUGAUUUUGCCGAGCCCUCGCGCAGUCUCCAAGAAACCAGCUGCUCGACACCCGACGACGCGACGGCCAUGGAUUUGGAUCUCGCCAUGCCGCCGUCUGACGAUGACGUGCUUGAGAGUGACACCAGAAUAUAUACGCCGCCCCCGAGAGUCGCUGCCCGCUUUUACCGCCCGUCUCAAGCUCGUCGCAGGGACUCGGCCGCUUCGUCGCGACGCAACUCCAUCUCGUCUGCGCAUUCGCGCUGCUCCUCUCUGCAGCAGCACGCUCCCGCCCCCCCCGCCUGCAACGACGACGGCCAGAGCAAGUAUGUCGCUCAGCACCUUCGGCGAGCCUCGUUUCUCGAGGAUCGACGAGCCCGUCUUGCCGACAGGGCCGCGCAUGCCGAAAAGGUGCGACUACGUGCUGCCCUUGCCAAGGCUGCCCCUCGCGGCCCGACAGCUUCUGAGGAACGUGCUCUUGCCGCGCAGCAGGCGCGAGAACGCAACCUUGCCGAGAUUGUCGCCAACUGCGCAGAGGAGGUGCGAAAGGCAAAACAGGUUGCCGAGCUUACCAAGGAGAGAAGAGAGCUGGAAAUCGCCAAGAUGCGCGCUCAAAUCGAGGAGCGCAUGGCUGACGCAGAGAGGAGGAGAGAGGAGCUUCUGACCAAAAGUGUCACGAAGCGCCCUCGUGGCCAGAGUGUCUUGGCCAGAAGGUCAAACGAGGAGACCUUGGCCCAGGUUAAGGAGUAUACCAAACCUAGCUUGAGUGAAGACGAUGCUGCGGCAUGCAUCCAAGCAUGGUGGAGGGGCCGCACUCGAAAGAGCAUUAUACAAGAGUUCAACAGCCUAGGCCUGUCUGUCGACGGCAUUCGAGAUGCAUCCUUUGACACAGUCGUUGAACUCUUGGCACAGGAAAAGGUUCUCCUUGUCACCUCACGGCUGCUAAGAAUCUGUGGUCUUCAAGAAGGGGCCCCGGGAUCCGUGGACGAGAUGGCUGCCGUUCGCACCUUCUUGAGCGCAUUUCUCAUACUGGGCCAUCCUAACCAGGUCCUCAGCAACAAGAAUGAAGCCGGAGACGAAUCGGAGCCCAAUGUGCUGGCCUCCCACCGUCUACCCAGCGCAGACCUGGCGAAUCCCCAGCUGCGGGAUUUGGUUGGCAAAGCCAAGGAUCUUCUGGUCAACUUUGAAAACAUCCUUGUUCGACUCACCGCGUGUAACCGGUAUACCAUGCCGCCGGCUCUCAAGUCCAGUCUUCCGGAGGCAUAUGCCGUAUUUUACAACACCUUUAUUGCUUGGAAGUCCCGCGAUUCCAACGCUCUCAUCGAGGUCAUGUUGAUGCAGUUUGUGGAGCUGGAUGCAAUCUUCCAAACGGUCAAAGACACCACGGAUGACGCCGCCGCCAGUCUUUACCGACAGAGCAUCCAGGACUCCCAGCUUAUGCUGAUUGUGCGGAUCAAGAAGCUGGCCGGUGCAGACAAAGGCAAGAGGUUGAUCUUCAAGGCGGUCAGUGAGGCAAGAAAGUCUCGCAAGGCAAAGAAACAGACCGGCGAUACGAAGCCGCGGGUCGCCGAGGGCUCUGCCGGUGAUGUGACGGCAACCGCCUCGAGCCUUGUGUCGUCAGAAUCGCAAACCCUGACUCCACCCGCCACGCCUUCGGGCAGAGUCGAAGGUAGGCCCGUCGUGGUCAAGACCGGGUUAAAUGGCUUGCUUCCCGACAAUCGCAUUGUUGUACAUGAACUGGCAAUCAACAAGGAGUAUCAAAUCCCAUCCGAAGAGUACGUUGAGCAGCAGGCUGUUCUCGCACGACCUCUAUAUAUGCAGAUGCGGGUUGCCAUGGCCGAGAAUGACACCGAGGCCAACUUUGGAUAUUUCAUUCUCAUGGCCGGCAACAUCAAGGAGAAGUUGCAACGCUUGUUGAAGCCUGGCAACUCCUUGUACAACCUCACUGGAGAGAUUCUUGACCCCGAACUGGCCGAGAGACAGUUCAUUGUGGGAAAUUUUUCCUAUGAAAGGUUCUUCACAGCGAUGGGCUCGCUGCUUCCCAAAUUGUGCGCGCCUUUCCGGGACGACGAAGUCAAGGACUUGGUCCAGAAUAGGCUCAGCGAUGGUGACUUGAUCGACCGGGUCGAGGCGUUGAACCGCUUCAUCGACGUGAUGCUUUGCGACUACAUCAACUAUUUACUACGAAUCGCGGCGCCACAGCUGAUUGAAUCUGCUGCCCAGUACGAAGCAAAGCGAUUCUCGGCAGACGUUGUGGAGGGCGGUAUGAGUCUCAGUAUUGCCGAGGCUGCUUGGAGGUCAGCCGCUACCAAGGUUGUGAACGAGGCGCAGAGGCGCGAUCCCGAGGGCGUCAACCACCCAAAGUCGCAACCCAGCGCUGCUCGGUUCUAUGCCCAGAUGCUGGUGGACGUCUUCACGCAGCCCACGCCCGUCAGGAUGGAGCAGAUACCGGAGAUGCUGCAGCUCGAUCACCAGCGGAUAAACGAAGUGUCUUGCACGAUCCAGCGCAUCAUCACCGCCGGGGCCGUGCUGCUGCAGUGCAAGAAUCUCCUCAAGAGAGAUGUUCGCUCUGCCUGGAAGACCGAGGCCACUCGUAUCAUGGCGGUUCUCGAGGCCAAUCACCCUUCGCUGGAUGCCACGGUGCAAGUAACAAUGGCCGCUGUCGAAGCAGGUCGUUCUGUGCCGGCCGUCACCAAAACGCAUCUCCGCGCGCUAGUUACCAAGGUUCUCAAAGCGAGCCAAGAAAUGUCGCAACAACGCACCGAGCCCAGAGAGCGGGUGCUCCAGCUGCUCUUGACGCGUCUGAGGGGCAACAUCCUCGCCAGACUCGCACCGGGCUCGGCGAGUGAAAAGGUCAAGGCGGCGAAUACGGCGGGCGAGAGACUGGCCAGUCUAGGACUGUCAGAGUUUGUCGAGCAGGUUAGAGGGAUUUCCGACUUGUUGGACAAGGUGGGCAGCGUGGACAGGGCGGCACACAGUCUUUGGUGGGAUGCGGUGGCAACAAAGGUGCAGCAGGAAGAUGCGGCGUGA